AUGGUUACUUUGUAUAGUUAUGGAAAUGAAGAAAGUAGACUCCAGCUCGGCUCAGGUACAGUGCAUUACUUGUGCAUACUAGUUUUGGUCUGUGCAGUCUCAACACGUCAUGGUCAUCGAAGACCAAGAAAUGAAGAUGAAGAAGAGCCAGAUAAUUUACCAAAAGACUGCAGUGAAGUCCCACGUUACAAAGACAGUGGGGUCUACAUUAUACGUCCUACAGGCUUGCACCCACUGAUCGUGUACUGUGACAUGACUACAGAGAGUGGGGGCUGGAUUGUCAUUCAGCGUAAUAGCUUCAAUUCAGAGAUAACCUGGGAUGAAUCCUGGAGCACAUACAAAUAUGGCUUUGGGAAUGUGGAGAAGGACUACUGGUUGGGCUUAGAGUAUCUUCACCACAUUACUAAGCAGAAAGUGUAUCAGGUGCGGUUUGUGAUUCUGGAUAAUAAGGAUGAAGAAAAAUAUGCAGACUACAACCUCUUUAGUGUAGAAGAUGAGGCUAAUGGCUACAGAGUUAGACUGGGCAGCUAUAGAGGUACGGCCGGAGAUGCCAUGUCUUCCAUUCAGGCAGGAACCACACACGACAACAUGAAGUUCACAUCAAAGGACAAAGACCAGGAUAUCUACUCUGCUAACUGUGCAGCCAGUAAUGGUGGUGCAUGGUGGUAUGCUGCUUGUUUUGCUUCCAAGCUUAACAACAAAAAUGCUAUUUACUGGCAAGGACUAUGUAAUGGAAAUUGCCAAGGAUCCACUGUAAUGAUCCGUCCAGCAGAUUACUGUGUGUAUCUAUAG